AGGCUGUCCUUCCGGGCGGCACGUGGAGCCGGUGCUCCGAGAAACCGUAGUCUGCAGGUUGGAGCGGAGUCGGCCUACGACCUGGAACUGGGGGGAUCGAACCGAAUGAUUUUCAGGUGCGGAGAUGGAAGGGUGAAGGAAGCAGAGUUGGAGGAGGACUACGUGUAUUUUGGUCAACAUUACCAACAUGGAAUACAUGACAGAACCUGCUGCAAACACCCAGGGACGUAUCCUGUGUUGCCAGUGUGGUAUUCCCAUCUCUCCAAAUCCUGCAAAUAUGUGUGUUGCCUGCUUGCGAGCACAAGUUGACAUCACGGAAGGAAUCCCAAAACAAGUAAAUGUUCAUUUCUGCAAGCAAUGUGAAAGAUAUCUUCAGCCACCAGGAACUUGGAUGCAGUGUGCAUUGGAAUCAAGAGAACUUCUAACUUUGUGCCUUAAGAAACUAAAGUCCCCCUUGACCAAAGUACGUCUAAUUGAUGCUGGCUUUAUUUGGACCGAGCCUCAUUCCAAAAGAUUAAAGGUGAAACUUACAGUUCAAAAGGAGGUAAUAAGUGGAACAAUCUUGCAGCAGGUUUUUGUGGUUGAUUUUGUCAUCCUGUCACAGAUGUGUGAUGAUUGUCACCGUGUUGAAGCUAAAGACUAUUGGAAAGCAGUUGUGCAAGUCCGACAAAAGACGCCACACAAGAAAACAUUUUAUUACUUGGAACAAUUAAUCCUUAAACAUAAGUUACAUCAAAACACACUUCGUGUGAAGGAAAUCCGUGAUGGUCUGGAUUUCUACUAUGGUUCCAAGCAACAUGCACAGAAGAUGGUGGACUUUCUUCAGUGUACAGUUCCCUGCAAGUACAAGACAUCUCAACGUUUAAUCUCCCAUGAUGUCCACUCUAACAGUUACAAUUACAAAAAUACAUUUUCUGUGGAAAUUGUUCCUGUUUGUAAGGACAAUUUGGUAUGCUUGCCGUUACGAUUAGCACACAGCCUUGGAAACAUAAGCCAGAUUUGUGUGUGUGUUCGGGUGACUAGUACAAUACACCUCAUUGAUCCUAACAGCUUGCAGAUUGCUGAAAUUGAUGGCUCUACUUAUUGGCGCUACCCCUUUUACAGCCUCUGUCAGCCUGGACAGCUGGAGGAGUUUAUUGUAAUGGAUAUUGACAUAGUUGGAGACUGCAAUCGUGUUCCUGGUACAGGCACAAUAUCUACCAGACACACGUUGGCUGAGGUCUGGGUACAGAAAACAUCUGAGAUGGACACUAACCGACAGUACCAUUGCCGUACUCAUUUGGGACAUUUGCUUAAUUACGGGGACUUGGUGUUGGGAUUUGAUUUGGUUAAUUCAAACCUCAAUGAUGAGUGUGUGAACAAAAUGAAUCCUCAACGUGUUCCUGAUGUGGUAUUGAUUAAAAAGAGCUAUGAUCGAGGUAGGAGGCAACAUCGCAGGAACUGGAAGCUUAAAGAAUUGGACAAAGACCACGAAGACACGGGAACAGAUGAUGAAAAGCAAUACUUGGAAUUCCUUGAAGACCUUGAAGAUGAUCAUCUCAUUAGGAAGAAUGUCAAUAUUUAUCGUGAUUCGUCAAAAAUUCCAGUUGAAAGUGAUACUGAUGAUGAUGGAGCUCCUCGGAUCAGUUUAGCAGAGAUGUUGGAUGACCUUCAUAUUUCUGAUGCCACAGGGGGUGAGGGAGCAGAUAUGAUUGACUAACUGAAGAAAACCUUCCUGAUGUUAAGCAGUUUCAUUUGCUUAUAAUAAUGGUAACAUAAAACAUUUUUUUUGUUUCAUCUGGUGCUUUUACUUGCGUUCACUAUGCAUGAAGAUUUAACCUUUAAUCCACACUCUGAAACAUCAGAGCGUGGAUGUCAAGAACUGCUUGAAGUCUGGCCAGCUGUUAAUAUGCUCUCCUUCUGAAAAUAACAUUUAAUCGUGCAAUUAAUAGAAGUUGAGUAAAUAAAUCAAUUUCUAGGUAAUAACUUACUCCCUGUUAGCCUAAGUCAAGUGAGAUACAAUAUAUACUUGCAAUUUAUGUCAUGCAGAUCGAUCUGGACAUUUAAUUUACAGGAGUGUUAUGCACACUUACAUAUACAACCUUAUUUUUGCUGAACUUUUGAGACUUUCACUUAAAGCACAUUUGCAAAAGCUUUUGUUCAUUACCAAGGAUUAAAUUAAGAUUUGCUUCUGUGUGCAAAGAUUUUAAGAUAAAGUUUCUAGAAUCCGAUUGCUACAAUAUGACAUACUAAAAAUUCUAUACAUAAUCUGUAUGGCAGAUUUGUUGAAUCAUACAUGGUUUGAAUAUGGCGAAUUCCUAUUGAGAUUAAACCUUCAUAAAAUUAAAAAAAAUUAAAGAAAUAUGUCCCUAUGUCUUAUUUCCGUGUGUUUGCCUUCCCAAUAAAGAGCUUGCGUUUACACAGCGGCUUUCACUAUUUCCGUACACAUCAAAGCCAAUUAAAUAUGUUGACAUGUCGCAGUAAUAUGGGAACUGCAACCAUCAAUUUGUAUACAACAACAUCCCACAAACAGCCAUGAAAUAAACAGCCUAGUCUGUCUUUUUUUGAUAUUUUAAGUAUAAACAUUGAACAAGUCAGAAUGAUCUUUCUUUGUCCUCGCCAAUUACAGGUGUGGGAUCAUUUUGCAUUCUGGUGAGAACAUAAACAAGAUCUUCUUUUAACACCUCAUUCCAAAGACAGUAUCUCUGACAGUGCACCUUUUAUCCCAGUACUACAAUGAUAGUAACUUCUGCACUUUGACCUCUAAUGUAGAAUUCGAGCUACAACCCAGUAACUCUCCUGUAACUGAGCAAAGGCUGGUACCUCUAAAGGUGUGGCUGAUAUUUUUUCCCUCGAGUAGGACAAUCACUGUCUUAGUUAGGAUACUGCAAUAUUGCAGGAUUAUGUAGAUUAUUUAUCGUAGUUCUCAAAUGAAAUUCCCAUUUAAUUGACUUCUUGCUAUUGACCUAACCAUUGGUUGAUAGGCUUUGGAGUAGAUUUAUAGCUUGGGUUGUGGGUAUUGGGGUUGGUUGGCUUGCUAAGCUGGUUUGUUGUUCCACAGACGUUUUGUUAGCAAGCUGGGUAACAUCAUCAGUGCAGCCUCUGAUGAUGCAUUGGUGUGUUUUCCCACCUGGUUUUUAACUUGAGUCAGUUGAGCUAGAUUGCCUCACUUCCGGUUUUCCUUCGUGUGGAGUGUAUAUGGGGUUGAGUUCUGUGCGUUUGUUAAUGGCUUUCCUCAUGGAGUGCCAGACUUAUAGGAAUUCUCCUGCCUGUCUCUGGCUAAUAGUUAAGGGAGCAAUGAACAGGGCAAACAGGGUCUCUGCGCGUAGCUUUUGCUUCUCUCCUUAGUAUCAUCAUUACUGUAAUUCUGUAAAAUCUUAAUGUUCUUUCUGUAAUGGACUGCUCAGAACAUACCACUAUUGGAUGUGGCCCAACUGGUAUGAUAGAUAAACUUAAUAAACACGAUCAUGCAGCUAGCACUUUCUGACUUUAUGCACUUGAGCAGGGAAUUUCAGUCUGUUCUGUAUUUGAGCUCUUGU